AUGCCAGAAUCUGCCAGAAUGCUGAGCCAAGAGAUCUACAAGCACCCAAGCCUGUCCAGCUGCCUCGCUCGAUCGGGCGAGCCCGAGGUGCCCCUUUCGCGGGAGGACCUUGAGCAGCUGGCCGCCCUGCGGCAUGCUGCGGCCCUGGCGGAGGGCCUCGCCGACUUCGCAACAACCUUUGUGCGUUGCCUGAGCAGUCACUGCGAUUUGGUGGAUCAGCUACUUUCGGUAGUGCAUUCCAUCGACCCCGAGUGGUUUGGGGAGGACAUGGCCCAAAGGGAGGCCCAGCACCAGGUCUGGGCGCUGGCCACGGGCGUCAAGGCAACAGCUCCACGUGUGGCCACGGUGGUGCGGCGGCUGCUCCAGGACCUCAAGGGUCUACGCGGCGCUGCCACCCAGGUGGAGAGGUCCUUCGAGCGAAAGCGGGGCGCGCUGCAGGACGCAGUAUAA